GUACUUUCUUUAUGCUUUUUUGGCAGAUUCCAUUACAUUAACAUUAACAUGCUCAACUGACUCUUCCCUUUCUCCGUUUCCUCUGUUCUUUCUCUCUCUCUCUCUCUGUACACACCACAUCUUUCAGUUUCACUAACAAUGACGGUUUCUUCUGAGAAUUGCGUCUCUAGCAGCCAGAGUUCUCUCACUAGACUUGCUCCACUUGAAGCAGUGCUCUUUGAUAUAGAUGGAACUCUUUGUGAUUCUGAUCCACUCCAUUACUAUGCCUUCCGCGAAAUGCUUCUAGAGAUUGGUUUUAAUGAAGGUGUUCCUAUAACAGAGGAAUUUUUUAUUGAGACUGUUGCUGGCAAACACAAUGAUGAUAUAGCCUCGGUUCUCUUUCCUGGUGAUCUGGAACGAGGUUUAAAGUUUGUUGAUGAUAAGGAAGCCAUGUUCCGGAGAUUGGCCGCAGAGCAAGUGAAGCCUUUGAAUGGCCUUGAUAAAGUGAGGAAAUGGAUUGAAAAUCAUGGGCUGAAGAGAGCUGCAGUUACCAAUGCUCCAAGGGCAAAUGCAGAACUCAUGAUCUCAAUACUUGGUCUCUCAGAUUUCUUUGAUGCUGUUAUUAUUGGUGGUGAAUGUGAACGUGCCAAGCCUCAUCCAGACCCCUACCUGAAAGGUCUUGAAGCUCUGAAGGCAUCAAAAGAUCACACAUUUGUAUUUGAGGAUUCUGUUUCAGGGAUCAAAGCUGGAGUUGCAGCUGGGAUGCCUGUUAUUGGUAUAGCUACUCGUAACCCGGAAAAUUUAUUGAUGGAAGCAAAACCUGCCUUUCUGAUUAAGGAUUAUGAGGAUCCAAAAUUGUGGGCUGCUUUGGAAGAACUUGACAAGGCUGGUGCAUUUAGUUUGAAUUACUAGUGCAACUGACAUAAUUUUCUGAUAAAAACAAAUAGCGGGAUUCAUAUUAAAUUCAUAGGUUAGCCUGCAUAAUUUUGUUGUAGGUGGCCCCCAUUAUAAUACUAGUCCAUAAUUAGUGUUGCUUUGCAACCUAGAGCAAAUAGUUAUAUUCUAUUUGUAUUUUGUAAUAAUGUGAUUGUUAUCUAUGAACCCGCAUGGUCAAGGCAAGGAAAUUGCAGUGCCCAAGUGUACUAUUGUUUUUACUUUACAAAAUCAAAUCCCUCACAAAUAAUUUACGGUUUAUAUUUUUUGUA